AGCAACAUUUGAAUUGUUAUAAAUUUAUAACUUGAUAUAAAAAAUAGAAAAAAAAAAUGUCGACAAUAGUACAAAAUUCUAAAACUAGUUCCGGAACGGUUCCCUCAACCGUCGCAGUUAUUCAACAACUAUCGUCAAUAUCGCUUAUGCUUGAAUACGAUAUUGAUAAUACACUAAACUCAAUCAAAGAAAGUGGAGUAAAUCUUUUAAAAAUGAGUGACGAAAAAGAUGCAGAAGUGCCAAGUUCCAGUUCGCCAGAAACAAAUACCGACGACAUUAAACCCGAGCUGCCACCCACACCACCAGCCACACCAACUUUAGAGAGUAACGCUCGCAAGCGUUGGAAGCUUUUAGCAAAAGUGUUAUUGAAGGAUGGAGAUGAAACUGUAACCACUUCAACUGAUGACCUAGACGAGCAAUCAGCCUCAGUACGUCGUUUUAAGACAUUUGACUUGUUACGCCAGGGUAGUUUUGAAGACGAAGUGGCUCUAAAGUGUUUGAGUAACCCAGAAAAUUGGUACAAAUAUCGUGUUGCAUUAGGUGACUCAACGCAGCAGGAGUACUUCGUAAAUAUUUACCAGGCUCCACGACAAUGGUCUGCCAGUGACUUAAUGGGCUUUAACAAUACGGGUAAUAUAUGUGUUUGGCCUUCCGAAGAAGCGCUUACAGUAUAUGUACUGUCACAACUUGAAUCAUAUGAAGGCAAAUAUAUUCUUGAACUUGGUGGCGGUUUCACUUGUCUCACUGGUCUAAUGUUGUCGAAGUAUGCUAAACCUUAUGCUGUACAUUUAACAGAUGGUAACGAAUUUUCGGUGCAAAAUGUAAAGAAAACGCUUUGUCUAAAUGAACUCUCAUGUUACACGAAAUGUUCUGUACUUAAAUGGGAAGAUAAAGAAGUUCGUUCGCCAAUUGAGGAAGGCAAGUUUGAUAUCAUAUUAUCGGCAGAUUGUUUAUUCUUUGACGAAACACGUGCGGCUCUAGUGGACACAAUUUGGUAUUAUUUGUCAAAUGAAGGCACUGCUUUAAUUAUGGCUCCUAGACGAGGCAAAACUCUUACACAGUUUAUUGAUGAGUGCUAUGUCAAAGGGUUUCAAGCAGUUUUGUUUCAGAGAUAUAACGAAGAUAUCUGGCGUAAACAUAUUGCUUUGCGAAACUCAGAUUUCUAUGAUGAAGAUCUCCACUAUCCUGUACUGUUGCAUAUAUCAAAGAAGCCUUCAUACCUCCACUGAAGGAAAUAAAUUAAUUAUUUAUAAAUUAAUUAUUAAUUCAAUUCUAAAUGCUGUAUUUACCUAAAAUCAAUUAUUUCUUUGUCCUAAAAAUUCCAUGCCUUAUUCCGGACUAAAGUCACCUGUAAUAAAACGUUUAACUUAUUUACAUUCAGCAAAACCUA